AUGAAAGGGUUGUUCAAGUCGAAGCCCCGGACGCCGGAGGAGCUCGUCCGUCAGGUGCGAGACCUCCUCAUCUACGUCGACCGCAACACCGAGACCCGCGAAAACGCCAAGAAAAGGAUAGCUCUUGGUCAGUUUUUUGAUAAACAAUACUGUGCUGACAUCGUGGCGCCUAUGCAGAUGUCUGAAUUAAGGAAACUCAUUAUGGAGUUGAGGAAUGUUCUUUAUGGUGAUGAUCAAUCAGAACCAAUUUCGAAAGCUUGUGCACGAGUGACUCAGGAGUUCUUCAAAGAUGAUACACUGCGCCUUAAAUUAGAUUCGGGGACCCGUCAGGCUGCCACUCAUGUGGUCGCUAAUUUGCAAAGGCAGCGGAUUAAGUCACAGUCAAUUGCUGCUGAUUACAUGGAACAGAAUAUAGAUCUUUUGGAUACUUUGGUACAAGGUUAUGAAGACUCUGACAUUGCUUUAUCAUAUGGCACAAUUUUGAGAGACUGCAUUCGUCAUCAGGUCAUUGCUAGGUAUGUGCUGGAAUCAGAGCACAUGAAGAAAUUCUUUGAAUAUGUACAAAAUCCUAGUUUUGAGAUAGCGUCAGAUGCAGCAGCAACCUUUAAAUUUUUCCAAGAGUUCAACACAAAGUUGCUGGAGUCUCCUACUUACAUCACUAGACGACAUGCUUUGAAGAUGUUUCUGGAUAGUUCAAAAUCUUCAGUGAUGGUGCGAUAUGUGAGCUCCUUGGACAACUUGAGGAUCCUGAUGAAUCUCCUCAGAGAUUCAAACAAGAGCAUACAAUUAGAAGCAUUUCAUGUGUUUAAGAUAGUUAGUGUACUUUUAAAAAAUAGAACCAAGCUCCUCCAAUUCCUUGGUGACUUCAGGUUUGAUAAAGAAGAUGAGCAGUUCGCUGCAGCCAAAGCUCGUGUUGUGAAAGAAAUUGUAACCCUAUAA